AAGGAAUUUGGGAUCAGAGUCGACUUUCUUCCCGAGUCAAACACACAAGCUGGGAAUGUAGCUUUGGCUUUAUCGGCUCUGUUUGCCCUUAUUUCGUGCUGUUGCGUACAUACUGUAAUUGGGUGUGAGGUUUAACCGGCGGUACGUGGUGAAAGCUGCUUCCAGCUGGUCUCCAGCUCUACGGUUAGUUUAUUUAACCGCGGUUAUGCCCGACGGUCAGCAGUGCAGCUGUGCUACGUGUUCCCUUUAAGAGGAGCAGCGACCUGGACCUUUUAUCGGCGAGGAAGUGUGGAUUGUGUGUACACACAGGAAGAGCGCCGAGCGAGAGGACCUGGAGUGGACAGACAGCGUUUAUGGAUGUGAAGUGACCGUCCGGCUUUAACAGCCACCCACAGAUUUUGCAGACGACAGCAGCGGACGCCGUUACCGUCCCGCAGCCGGCGGACUGCGGUUUAACUGGGAGAGAAAGGCGUGGAGUGGAGGAACAGUGAACAAGACGGAGACAUCGUUCACUUUCCCAUCCUUCAGCCAUAACACAAGACAAAGGAAGGCACAGAGACAGUGUCUUUCAUUUGUCUCCUUCCUUUCUCUCUUUCUUUAAUCUUACUUACCUUGUGACCAGUCUCUCACCUGCUCUUCUGCUGCUGGUGGGCAGGCCGUGGGUAGUGCCAUGGCCUGGGCGUGACCCAGUGUGACCCAACCUUUCCCCUCCCCUUCCCCUACCCCACCCCACCAUGAAGCUGAAGCAGCGCGUGGUGGUGCUCUGCGGUGUUCUUCUGCUGCUGGGCCUGGCCAAGGUCUUCCUCCUGGAUGGUGGGGAGGGUUCAGCCGCCAGCCGCCGAGACCUGCGUGCUUUCCGCAAGAUGGAGGCCAGCCUGCUGCUGGCCAAAGGUGCUCGCCUCACGCACACCCUGCAGUCGCCCUGGGAGGUGGCUGCCCAGUGGGUGGGGCCACGUGAGGUCUACCCAGAUGACACACCUGAACUGGCUGCUGUGCUUAACGCCCUGGCCAGCGCCCGCGUGGAGAGGGCUGAUGUCGGUUACAAGGGCACUCAGCUCAAAGCCCUGCUGGUGCUGGAUGGAGGGCAGAAGGUGGUGUUCAAGCCCAAGAGGUACAACAGGGAUUAUGUUGUCGAGGGAGAGCCGUAUGCAGGGUACGAUAGGCAUAAUGCAGAGAUCGCUGCUUUUCACCUAGACAGGAUUCUAGGGUUUAGGAGAGCACCUCUAGUGGUGGGACGCUUCGUGAACCUGCGCACAGAGAUAAAACCUGUGGCUACGGACCAGCUACUGAGCACGUUCCUCAUGCACGGGAAUAAUACGUGUUUCUAUGGGAAGUGUUAUUACUGCAGGGAGAGCGAGCCCGCAUGUGCCGAGGGGGACAUCAUGGAGGGCUCAGUGACUCUCUGGCUGCCUGAUGUCUGGCCACUGCAAAAACACAGACAUCCCUGGGGACGCACCUACAGAGAGGGCAAACUCGCCAGGUGGGAGUAUGACGAGAGUUACUGUGAGGCAGUGAAGAAAAUGCCUCCGUACGAUGCUGGUCCACGCCUUCUGGAUGUUAUUGACACAGCCGUUUUUGAUUACCUCAUUGGCAAUGCAGAUCGGCAUCACUAUGAGAGUUUCCAAGAUGACGGUGGAGCCAGUAUGCUCAUUCUUCUGGACAAUGCUAAAAGUUUUGGGAACCCAGCUUUAGAUGAAAGAAGCAUUCUGGCUCCUCUCUAUCAGUGCUGCAUGGUCCGCGUGUCCACCUGGAAUAGGCUGAACUUGCUGAAAGGCGGAGCAUUAAGCUCGGCGAUGCGUCAGGCCACGGCUCAUGACCCUGCCUACCCUGUACUGACCGAGCCUCACCUUGCUGCUUUGGACCGGCGCCUCAAUGGCGUCCUGGCGACUGUGCGGCAGUGCAUGGAGCUGCAGGGGGCCGAGAGUACACUCAUCGAAGACCGCAUGAACCUGCCUCACCCCUGAGGAUGCCAGUAUGAGAGAGAGAGCGAGAAAUGGAGAGAAGAUAAAGAUGUCAAUCGGGAGAAAGAUGCUGCUGAUAGACGCGUUAGCGCUUUCACAGUCUGACUUCCUGCUCUGUGUUGCAAGGAGAUGGUAAAAAGCUGCAGGAAGUGACCUCGACGUGUGCAGGACGUUGUUUGUUUCUCACAGGAUUGUUUUCGACACAGACCCCGGCUCCUUUGAGCCACAAACAGGAAAUGUCAUUUUCUCACAUGCAUUACACCUGUCUAAUCUUCUCUCUGUCCGUUUUUCUUUAUCUCCUAAUGUCGCAGCCGCUGGCGGGGGGGACACAGUGGAAUGACACAGACUCCCAGGCUUACAAGUAUUUUUACUUGCCCUUAUAUUCUUUCUUUGUAUGAAUUUCGCUCUAUCUCUGUGGGAGAAUGCAGAGAGGGGGGCUGGUGCCAAGUUCAAAAGAGGCCUCUUACAGUUACAGACUGAGUGACUGAGUACUGAGUGACUGAGUACUGAGCUUCAGGCGGGGCAUUCCAUGCCGUCUGUGGGAGGUGUUCGUAGACCCUGGGCUGCCCCUGUGCGCCGUGUCAAGGGCUGCAUCAGUGAAGUAUCAUCACUGACAUCACAGAUGAAAGCAUUAAUAGACUGAGGAUGAACCAUCUAUUCCUCUGGCCACAAACAGAUUGUACAUACUCAACUAACUAUUUAAUAACGAUGUUGAUAAACGUGAAUAAUGUUAUUGAUUUUAAGCAUUAUAAUAUUGAGAUUUAUGACGCAAGUUUGCCACCUUUAAAAUGUGCAGUAUGAAUGUGGGACUGGAUAGCAGCGGGUGGUGGAGGUGGAGGUAAUUGCUACUGAUGUUCACAGAAACGGGCAAAAUGACAGCACUGGAAAGCUGUAUGAGGGCCUUUUCAACAUUAAAGAAAGAAAAACAACAAAACA